UAUACGAGCAAUACAGCUAUCUCUCUACCUCUUUACAAAUCAAUGGAAAAAAAAAAUUUUGGUAUGACAAAUCUUUGAGCCGAAUCCCAAGUCACGGUGAAUCAAUGCUGUUGCAACACGUACUCAACGAAGCAAUUGUCUGAGCCUAUUAUUACUUGCUUUUUAUUGGCUUUGACCUGCCGAAUUCUGUUGACCUCCAACAAUCCCUUCUCGUUCUUUCAUAGACCAUGUUCAAGUGGCAGCGAUAUAUUCUAUUGCUUUCAGCAAUCAGCUUAUUGUGGAGUCUGCAAUGCUCCGCCAAUCCCCCGUCAUCGAUGUCACCAGUUGCUCAAGAUUCUACCGGCGUGAAAUUUGUAGAAGACGUUCUAGACAUAACUGAACAACAGGAUUAUUGCAACCCUACUGGAGCCAUUAGAGACUCCUGUUGCGACGUGCAAACCGUAGAAGGGGUCAACCAAGCCAUUACACCAAUACUAAAGAAACUUGUAUCAUCCAGAUUCUUUCGGUAUUAUAAACUCAACUUGUGGAAGGAUUGUCCCUUUUGGCCGGAUGAUGGUCUCUGCAUGAACAGAGAUUGUUCUGUAGCAACUAUCGAUGAGGCCGCCAUUCCACUUGCUUGGAGACAAGAUGCUUUGGGAAAGGUUCAUACCGUUUCUUCCUCAUCAGAUCUAUUUGGAGUUAGUGAUACCUGCCAAUACAAAGAUCAAGAUUUUUGUCUGGUAGAGAAUGAGGCUGACACAGAUGGCGUCUAUGUUGAUCUCCAACAGAAUCCAGAACGAUUUACGGGUUACGCUGGAGUAUCUGCUGCACGUGUGUGGAAGUCGAUUUAUGAGGAGAACUGUUUCAAUAUUGUGCACAAAAUGACUGAAGGGUGUGAGACUUGCAACAAUAUCAUGAACACUGGAGAGCAAAAGACCACUACUGGAAGCUCUCUCACUCCUCCCAGUUUAUCACAACCUAUCCAGAAUCCCUUUGCAGUGGUUCCCAAUGACCGUAAAGACCUUGACCGUUUGCUCAAUGAUUUGGCUGAAGAUCCAGACUCUGAAAAUGAGGAAGUUUGUCUGGAAAAGCGAGUAUUCUACCGUGUCAUCUCAGGUCUUCAUUCUUCUAUCUCCAUCCAUAUCUGUGAUGAGUAUUUCAACCAAACAACUGGUGAAUGGAGCGCCAAUCUCGAUUGUUUCGUUUCUCGAAUCGGUUCUCAUCCCGAGAGAUUGCAUAACGUAUACUUUACUCAUACAUUACUCAUGCGAGCCCUGGUGAAGCUAUCUGAUUAUCUGCAUGAGUAUACAUUUUUUACUGGGGAUGCUAAAGAAGAAGCAGAGACAAAGCAAUUGGUUUUGGACUUGAUUGAAAACACAAAAGCAUGUCCUUCGACCUUUGAUGAAAGACAGCUUUUCCAAGGUCAAAAUGCUCAGGCACUCAAGGAGGAGUUCAAGGAGCAUUUCCGAAAUGUGACUAGGAUCAUGGAUUGUGUUGGCUGUGAGAAAUGCAAGUUGUGGGGAAAGAUCCAAACAGCUGGUCUAGGAACUGCCUUGAAAGUUUUGUUUUCAUACGAGGACAAGAGUUUAAACGCGAAAACCAACCCAGCAUUGUUUGAACGGUCCGAAAUCAUUGCCCUUAUCAACACCAUCAACCGCUUCUCUGAAAGUCUACGAGCUGUGGAUAAAUUUAGAAAGAUGUACCAAGCCAAGACCCACCCCAAUAACCCAGAGCCAGUCCAUGGCGAAAAGCAAUUUGGUAUUAUCGAUACAGAUAAUAAUACGUUCAAACGUGUGGUAUCGUCCACUCAUGAAAGCUUUAACCGAUGCAUAUCUGUGGCAUGUCGUUGGGCAGCCGAUACCAUGGAAAAGUUGGACCUUCCCGUACCUCAAAUCCUCAAGACAUUCAGCACGUUUUAAUGCCUGCAUUGCAUUCACCACCACCUCUUGUAAUUUAUUUCGUAAAUGAGACAAUCAUAAAAC